AUGUCUAUCAACAAAGAAGACAGUUCGACGCAUCAGCCUCAUGUCGCCGACCAAGUCAGCCUGGAUGAGACUCGCAACGGACAUACAUCACCUUUGCCAGAUGUCGAGACCGAUGUCUUCGUCGUUGGAGCUGGCGUGACCGGCUUGACCCUGGCGGCGCUACUGGCUACCGCUGGCGUACGAGCAUACACGAUUGCGAAGCACAGUGGUACAGCGCCUUCGCCUCGUGCUCACGUAACCAAUCAGCGGACCAUGGAAAUCUUCCGUGACAUGGGCAUUGAAGAAGCUGUGCGUCAGGUCUCAACACCAUUACCACUUCUUGGAAAUGGAGUCAUCUGUACCAGUCUCACAGGUCUGGAACUAGGCCGCUACAGCUGUUACGGUGCUGGCUCCCAUCAGCUUUCCGAUUUUGCACAGGCUAGCCCUUCGGAGAUGGUAAAUUCUCCGCAACACGUUCUUGAACGGGUUCUUUUGGCACAUGCUCGGGAGAAAGGCGCUGAGAUCCAUUUCUAUCAUGAACUGAUCGAUAUUGAGCAAACCGAUGACGAUGUGAUUAGUACAGUACGAGAACGGAAAACCGGGAACCAAUACACUGUACGCGCAAAGUAUGUAAUAGGAGCCGAUGGUGGGAGAUCGCUUGUGGCACAAAAGUUUGGCUUUGGUUUCGAGGGGCAGCCUGGCCUGAUGAACAUGCUGACGUCGUGGCUCGAGGCCGAUGUCACUGAAUAUACUGCGUAUAGACCGUCAUGUCUUUACAUGAUGGCGCAGCCUGGCAACGCAUUCUGGGUUGGAUCAGGCACUCUCGUCGCGGUCAAGCCAUAUACCGAGUGGCUUCUAAAUCGACAGUACAAUUCCGAAGCAGAGAUUGAUAGUUCAGACGAGGCAGUUAUAGCGUACGCGCGCAAAACAUUAGGGAUUCCAAAUCUGAAAAUCAAAGUCAAGGACUCCAGUCGAUGGCAAGUCAACAAUGUCUACGCAACCGAGAAUUGCCGCGGACGCAUCUUCUUGGCUGGAGACGCUGCCCAUCGCCACCCUCCUGCCAGCGGACUUGGAAGCAACACUUGUGUCCAGGAUGCAUACAACUUAGCAUGGAAAUUAUCGCUUGUUGUGUCAAGCAGGGCUGGAACCAGUCUACUGGAGAGCUAUAACCAAGAGCGACAACCGAUCGCUAAACAGAUUGUGGGUCACGCGAUCCAGACCCUAUACAACUUCGCCCGAGUGCCUGAAGCACUAGGGUUCAAGCAUGGCCAGUCGAUAGAAGAAGGCUACAAAUCGCUUGAAGAUUUGUUCUCCGACGUCCCAGGCGCGGAAGAGCGGCGCGCCCGGUUGAGGGAGGCCAUCGACUUACAGAAUCGACGAUCUAAUGCUUUAGGGCUGCACCUUGGUCAACGAUAUGCUGAAUCCAACGCCGUGGUCGAUGACGGCACUCCGUUCCCGGCGUACAGACGUGACCCUGUGAUGCAUUACGAGCCCACGACGCAUCCUGGCGCAUACUUGCCACACGCAUGGAUCGAGGUCAAGACGUGCCGCAUGUCGACGCUAAACAUCUUGGAGCAUGGACAUUUCGGCCUCAUCGUUGGCAUCGGCGGCGACCCGUUCAUUGCCGCCGCACAAGCCGUGAGCCAAGAGCUCAAACUCAAGAUUCCUGUCUACAAAAUCGGGUAUCGCUGCCUUUACGACGACGUACUUGGUGAGUGGCACACUGCACGCGGCGAGCUAGGUGACCAAGGUGCAUUGUUAGUUCGACCGGAUCGUCACAUUGCAUGGCGCUCGGUGAAUCGUCCUGAAAAUCCUACUGAUGCCUUACGUGGUGCACUUCGCCAGGUGUUGGGACUGCACUCGUGA